AUGCAUCACACGCGAAGACUGCGGCUAACAGCAAGCAUUAUACUAUGCUUCGUGCUUCAAGCCCAUGGUGCUGAUAAGUACACUGACGAGAAUAGACCGUAUGAAUUCGGUUUCAAGAUCGAUGGACAACAGCAUAGGCAUGAAUCUAAAGAUAAAGAUGGGAUCAUCAUGGGGGAAUUCGGUUUCGUCACUGCCGACGAUGUCUACCACGUCACUGUGUAUGCUACAGACAAAGAGGGACGCUUCAAAAUAUUAUCCAUGAAAAAUAUUCAUUUAAAAUCAACUGCCGCCUCGGGUUCACUACCGCCUACUUCAGCAAGACAAGGCCAUGCUCUACCUUUACCACCAGCAUCUGUACAAACAUCAGCAGUAUCUCCCGUGGUUCAGACACCACAACCCGUAAAAGCAUUUAAACCAAUAUCGUUGGAACCGCCUGGCAGAUCUUGCUCAUCAUGCAGUUUGCCAACGACCACUACGCGUGCCCCACCACCAGCAUAUAACCAAGUUUCGAAUAAUAACAACAUUAAUUCUCCAACCCAUUUCGGUGCAAUAGGUUCUAGUCCUCAAAAUCAGCAGCCAUUCCUUUCAUCAUCAGGACAAAGUAACGCACAAAGUAAUCCGUCAUAUGGUUCUCAGGGCGGUCAACAAAACUACCCAUCAGGUCAACCAAUCUAUCCCCAACAGGGACUCGUCGCCCCAGACGCUGUGUCAACAUUUGCUGCCCAACCAGGCCCAGGAGGACAAACCUAUCAAGGAUCAAGUCAAGGAGUAUCAGGAGCUCCCAAUACUGCCAAUAGAUUCCCACAAGCAGGAGGUUCUCUACCUGCGGGUCAGAAUACUGAAGGAACAACAGGACAAACAUUUUCAGGUGAACAAGGCUCUUUAUUUGGUGGUUAUAAUGGAGCUUCUGGAAAUCCUCAGCAAAAUGGAGGUUUUUCAAAUCCUCAGCAAAAUGGUGGUUUUCCAAAUCCCCAGCAAAACGCAGCUUCAGCAGGCCCUCAACUUAAUGGAGCUACUGGUUCAAAUUACCCAUCCGCUGGACCAAGUUCUUAUGCUCAAGGAGGAGUUACAGGGGCAUCUCCUUCUGCCGGUAGAACCUCAAAACAAUAUAACCCUGAACAACAAGUUAGCUCAGGAUCUAAUGGUCCACGAGGACCUGGGUCUGUGAAUGGACAGCCUGGUUCUGCUAAACCUACGCUAUUUUCAGCACAAAUGCAAAUAGUUGAUCAGAACACUGACAUUCACGCACUCCGGCCUGGUGAACAAAAAGGAUUGCCACCGGGUCUAACUCAGGGUGAUAUGACACAGCUCUUGUACACAUUCAACUACACAGUUGGUUUCCACGCUCACUUUGAGGAGGGCUAUACAAAUGGAGUCAAAAAGGGAUAUUAUUAUGUAACUGGAAGGAACGGUGUCCGAACUAGGAUUGACUAUGUAGCUGAUGAUACAGGUUUCCAUCCAACAGUUUCACAAGAGGUUCUCGACUUAUUGUCCGAGGAAGUUCCUAAACCUGAAACUGAAAAGGACGAGAAGUAUGGCCUUAAAGGCUAUGAAUUCAAAUGGUUGUAUUAUCCUGUUGAAUCAAAAAAGCGUUAG